CCCAGAAGUGACCAUGGGGCCUAUGGGAGGAAGCCCGACACGACCAAGACAGAUAAGAUCUCUCAAUGGCCAACACCCUUGUGCACCACAACGGAAGUACGAGCCUUCCAAGGGGUGGUUGGAUUUUGGAGGAUCUUUAUUAAAGGCCUUGCCAAAAUAGCUGAGCCUAUUCGCGCAAUGAUUAGGGAAGGAGGGACCAUGGAGUGGAUCGAGGAUAGGGAAGCAGCAGUCCAGACCCUCAAGGACAUCUUGACUUCCGAUCAGGUCACUUUGGCAGCACCCUGCUUCAAUGAUGAGGUAGGACGACCCUUAAUCCUGGAAACAGACGGAGGACCCUUGGCGGUAGGAGGAGUCCUGAUACAAAGGAGCGAGGAGGGCAAGGAAAGACCUAUCAGAUUUGAGAGUAGGACCCUGAAUUUGGCAGAGCGACGAUACUCACAGUUCAAGAAAGAAGUCUUAGCCAUUCUACAUUGCCUUAAGACCUUUCAGGCAUACCUAUUCGGAAAACGAUUUAUCUUGAGAAUCGAUCCGACCAAUGUCGUCGGGGCAUUAAAGAACUACAAGGUUAUAGACCCGACCGUUGGGAGAUGGAUAGGCUUUAUUUGGCAAUACGACUACAAGGUCGGGCGAAUUGCGGGGCUCCGAAACAGGGCAGACGGGCUAAGUCGAGUUUGCAUCACGCCGGAGGGAGUAGAGGAUGUGGAGCCAAUCGACGUUUUCCUGAAGUACGAAGGUGUGAUCCUUGUCGUAGAUAACGAGAUGACGGGCGCCGCUUCUACAACAGGCCACCUGCUGAUUCAGACCCUGGAAAAGGGUGCGCCCGCCGUAGUUGCGAAACUCAGGGAAGGGUCGGUCACCACAACUAGACGCAAAGAUGAGAAGAAUUCGUGAGGAGCAACGAUCGGGCCGAAAGAGGAGCUGAUGACAAUGACCGUUGAAAGGGGUCGGGAUGCUGUGAUGAGUCUACUAGAAACUUGGACGCGAAGGGAGCUGCAGUAUCUAGUGAAUCAGGCUCAUGAGGAGCAAGAUACUAAUCAGGAGGGACAAUAAUUCUUCCUUGUACAGAUGUAUGAUUGCAUCUUCAGGGAAAUCGGUCUGUUGCUUAUAGGAAACAAACAGCCUAUGGAAGU